AUGUCUGCCGACCAACCUCCACCAGCCAAAGACGACGCAGCCGCCUUUCGUGCCAAGUUCCGCGCGAGCAAGAACAUAAUUGUCAUCGCGGGUGCUGGGCUGUCUGCGGCUUCGGGCAUACCCACCUUCCGAGAUGGCGGUGGCAUGUGGCGCUCGCUCGACGCGCAAGCACUGGCCACGCCAGUGGCAUUUGAGGCAAAUCCGGCGCUGGUGUGGCAGUUCUAUCAUUAUAGGCGGACGACAGCCCUCUCCGCGAAACCCAACCCCGCGCACAAGAUCCUCGCGAAGAUGUCGAUCCCCACGGAGCUCAAGAAGGUCGCCCCUCAGGCCAAGUCUUUCCACCUCAUCACGCAGAACGUGGACCGUCUUUCCCCCGCGUCAACAUCCAAACCCCGCCGCUCCCCACCCUCCGUCUUCCCCCGCUCCAUCCUCGAGAUGCACGGCCGCCUCUUCGACGUGCGAUGCACGGAUUCCUCGUGCGGACACGUCGAGGAGGACCGCUCGACGCCCCUCACCCCCGCCCUCGGCGCGGCCGAAGCAGGCUUCUCCGCCACCACCGACGCCGACUCCGGCCGGCUCCUCACCGAGAUCCCGCGCGCCGACCUCCCGCGCUGCCGGAAGUGCGGCGCCCUCGCGCGCCCGGGCGUGGUGUGGUUCGGGGAGAGGCCGUAUUUCUUGGACGAGAUUAAUGGGCUGGUGUUCAGGGCGGAUAUGUGUUUGGUGGUGGGGACGUCGGCGACGGUCCGCCCUGCGUCGACUUAUGCGUACCGCGUCCACCGGCAUGGGGGAACUGUCGCGAUCUUCAAUCGGGAGCCCAGCGAGGCGGACGAGCGCGCGGACUUCAGAUUCAGAGGCGGAUGCGAGGAGGUCUUGCCAGAGUUGUUCAAGGAGCUUGCUAAUCAGCAAGCAGCAUGA